AUGAAAGGGAUUCUCCCAUACAAUAAUGCUAAAAGCUGGUCAUUUGACCCCUUAUCAUUAAAAUACCCAAACCAUAAAGAGACAGUUCUUAAACACAUGGAGGAAUACUGGAACCUCAACCUGAACACAAUAAACAACCCCAUACAGGUGUGGGCAGCGCACAAAUCAGUUAUAAGAGGAGUAUUGAUUCAAAUUAAGUCACAUGCUAAACGUAAAGCGAAGGCUCUUGUUGACUCACUACAACACGACAUAGCUAACCUAGAAAAACGUCACAAACUAUCUGGCUCACCUAGCCUUUAUAAAUCACUUCUAGACAAAAGACAAGCACUUGACAAAAUGCUUUCUGACCGAUCAUCUAGAGCAGGGCUUAGACUUCAAUCUAAAUAUUUUCUUUACGCAAACAAACCAGACAAAUUCAUGGCCUAUAAAAUUAGAAAUAGAACUAGAGACAUGUCAAUCCCUGCCCUAUAUAACUCUCAGGGGGUCCUAACGUCAAAUCCCAAAGACAUAGUCGCCUCAUUUGCGACAUACUAUGGAUCCCUGUAUGACGGUCAGAAAGUAUCUAGAACAAAAACCAUACGGAAUUCCCUGGACACCUUCCUAGAGGAGGCUGCAUUGCCCAAGAUAAGCAAACAAGAACUAGACUCCUUGAACGCAGACAUUACUGACAGAGAGGUCCUCGGGGUCCUUAAAGAUUUAAAACCAGGCAAGGCAGCUGGCCCUGAUGGGUUCCCAGGAGACUAUUACAAACAAUUCAAACCAACUCUCACUAAACACAUCGUACAAUUCUGUAAUUCUAUCCUAAAAGGCCAUAAGAUCCCAUCUGAAUUGUUAAAUGCUAAAAUUAUAGUACUUCCGAAACCAGCUUCUUAUUCUAGUGGAAGUAGUUGUUCUCUUGAUGGCUCAGAUAUGAUAGGAAUUAUCCAAGAUGGAGACAUUUUGGUUGGGGCUGUGUUACCUCUUCACAUGGACAGAAUAUAUCCAAAAAUGUCAUACAAAGAGAAACCUGGAAAUGUUAUUUGUAAAAUGUUUCCUGUAGAAAAUUACUUACAACUACAUGCUAUGAGGUUUGCCAUAGAGGAGAUAAACAAUAAUCCAGAAUUACUCCCCAAUACAACACUGGGCUUCAAGAUUUAUGAUUCUUGUGCUUUGCUGCAAAGAGAGUUGGAGGGAACUCUAUGGAUGGUAACUGGGCAGAAUAAAGCUAUAGCCAAUUUCCAGUGCCAAGAAAAAGAACAAAUGGCUGCCAUUAUUGGACACUCUAUCUCCACUUACUCUAUUCUAAUGGCCCAUAUCCUGGGACUAGCAAGAUACCCACAUGUAAGGGAGAUCAAACUAGAAAUCAUAAGCCACUUCUCAACCAGUUCUCUGUUAAGUGAUCGGACACAGUUUAAAUCUUUUUUCAGGACUGUUCCUAGUGACACUUUCCAGUCCCAAGGGCUGGCCAAAUUGGUGCUGCAUUUUGGAUGGACAUGGGUUGGACUUGUGGCUGUUGAUAAUGAUUAUGGUCAACAAGGUAUUCAGGUCAUCAGACGAGAGAUCCAAAAAGCUGGUGCUUGUGUGGCUUUUACAGAGUAUAUUCAGAUCAGUCGGCCUGAUUAUAACACCCCAUAUAUUGUUCAUGUUAUUAAAGAAUCAACUGCUAAAGCUGUAGUUGUUUUUUCUACUGACCUCAGCUUGAUCCCCCUUUUUGAUGAGAUUUUGAAACAGAAUGUUACUGGGAGGAUAUGGAUAGCAAGUGAAGCUUGGGCAUCUUUUGCAUAUUUGUUUACUGAAAAAUACUCUAGAAUCCUUGUAGGAACCAUAGGUUUUGCAUUCCACACUGAGGAAAUGCCAGGAUUCUAUGAUUUUAUUGGGCAAAUUCAGCCAUAUGAUUCACCAGGAGAGACUUGGACAAAAAUGUUCUUAGAAGAAACUGUCGGAUGUACCCUUUUUGAAUUUCAAAAUUACCCUUUACAUUGGGACAGGCCAAAAAUAAAUUGCACAGAUGUGGCAGUAAACUUUCAGAGUAUAUUGAGAAAUUCACCCAACAUAAGAAUUUCAUAUAAUUUAUACAGUGCUGUGUAUGUUAUAGCCAAAGCAUUGCAUGACCUGAGUCUUUGCAAAAUAGGAAAAGGACCAUUUUCUAAUAACAGCUGUUCGAGCCUAUGGGAUUUCACACCAUGGCAGAAUAAUGUAUUUACGUUUGACGGACAGAUCUAUAAACAAAUACGGGGAACAGCUAUGGGGGCAGUGUGUGCUCCCACCUACGCCUGCCUCCAUUUGGGGGCUUGGGAGUCAGAUAUAUUUGAACGACACAGUGACACCUUUAACAAUAAGGUGUUAAUGUGGGUUAGAUAUGUGGAUGAUGUUCUUGUCCUAUGGGAUGGGAGUGUAGAAGAAUUUCAUGAUUUUGUUCAUGAACUUAACCAUAAUGACAGGAACAUCAUCCUCACAUCAGAGACAAACAAGACCGAACUAAACUUUCUUGAUAUUACUAUCAAGAAGGAAGGCUUGAAGAUCGUGACAGAAAAUUUCAGGAAAAAGAAUGCCACUAACAGCAUCUUACAUGCUGACAGUGGUCAUCCUGUCCAUCUGAUUAAGGGUAUUCCGUAUGGACAGUUCCUCCGGCUUAGGAGAAACUGUUCAUCACUAACAAAAUUUGAUACACAUGCUGCCCUAAUGAAAGAAAGGUUUCUCAAAAGAGGAUAUUCCAAUAAAUGUCUCAAAAAAGCUUUGUGGAAGGCACGAAAGACUCCUAGAGACCACCUGCUGUAUAACAAUAAAUCAAAGCCCAAAGAGACGCAAAUUAGAUUUAUCACUAAGUUUAAUAAUCAAUGGUCCAAUAUUAGAUCAGCACUAGCUAAUAACUGGCAUAUACUUACCUUGGAUGACAAGCUUUUAUACUACAUGCAGAAAGUGAGAGUGAGGCUGAGCAGUGGAAGGCAGAUCUAUUUUGAUGAAAAUGGAGACCCUCCUGCUGUGUAUGAUAUUGUGCAUUGGAAGCUGGAUCCAGAAGGUAAACUGAAGCUAAUUAAUGUUGGAAGUUAUGACACAUCAGCAACUGAUGGAAAAACAUUGAACAUCAAUAUCAGUGCCAUGUUGUGGAAUACUGGAGACCAAAAGGUCCCUCGUUCUGUAUGCAGUGAGAAAUGUCUGAUGGGUUUUAGAAAGGCAGUUAUAAAAGGAGUGCCUGCCUGCUGCUUUAAUUGUGUCCCAUGUGCCCAAGGAGAAAUUGCCAAUCAAGCAGACUCCGGAGAAUGCUACAAGUGUCCAUGGAAUUCCUGGCCUAAUUACCAAAAAGACAAAUGCCUUCCAAAAUCCAUUGAAUUCCUAUCUUAUGAAGAAACAUUGGGUAUUACUCUGGCUGGCAUAAGUGUAACAUCUUCCAUAAUUCCUGUGGCUGUUCUAGCACUUCUGAUCUACUACAAGACCACACCUAUUGUUCGUGCAAACAAUUAUAUCCUAAGUUGUCUUCUCCUAGUCUCAUUGACACUUUGCUUCUUGUGCUCAUUGUUUUUCAUUGGCUAUCCCAACCCUGAAAAAUGUCUCCUGCGUCAGACGGCAUUUGGUGUAGCCUUUGCCUUCUGUGUCUCAUGUAUCUUGGCAAAAACCAUCAUGGUAGUGAUUGCUUUUAAGGCUACUAAACCACACAGUGUCUUGAAGAGGUGGACCAGUCCAAGGUUUUCAUACUCAAUUAUUGGGUUGAGCACAUUGCUACAGUUUGUGAUGUGUAUUAUAUGGCUAGCUCUCUAUACUCCCUUUCCUUUCUACAAUUCAAAGACAGAAUCUUCAGUUAUUAUACUUGAAUGCAGUGAAGGCUCUUCCAUGGCUUUCUGGUGCAUUUUAGGAUAUCUGAGCUUUCUGGCUACUAUAAGUUUUUUAGUUGCUUUCCUUUCUAGAAAACUGCCAGGCAGCUUCAAUGAAGCUAAAUUCAUUACAUUCAGUAUGUUGGCCUUCCUCACUGUUUGGGGAUCUUUUAUUCCAGCAUACCUUAGUACCACUGGAAAAUAUAUGGUUGCCAUGGAGGUCUUUGCUAUUUUGUCCUCUAGCUGGGCCAUGCUUUCUUGUAUGUUUGCUUCUAAGUGUUAUAUUAUUUUAUUCCAACCCAAAAUGAAUUCAAGACAACAUCUCAUGGGGAGGACAAAAGCUCAGACAAUACAAAAAUAA